AUGAAAAAUACUGCCAUCCGCAACGGAAACGACCCGUGCCGACAGUAUGCUGAGGAGCUUACUGAGUCGUCGUUGAAAGGCAGCGCUAAUAAUAUAAAGAUGGGCUCCUGUAUCAAUCAGUGCAGUGACAGGAUAGUAGUCAACGUCAAGAAGGAUUUGGUUGAGAGAGAACUGGGCGGCGACAUCACUUCCCCGGAAGAAUGGAGCCAACAGUUGAAGCAAAUCCAGGAGCUCUACACCCGCGAGGUGGACAGAACAGAACAGGCACCGGAGGUGGACAAGCGGCUGCUGGGGCUAUGGGAAGCACGCCGCGGCCUCACCAAGCGCUGGAAGAAGCAGAGAAUGAACAAGGAGCUAAAGAAGAAGAUUGCGGAGAUAACCAAGAAGGCCGAGGAGUACGCGACGCAACUGGCCAGACAGGGGUGGCAGCAAUUCACCGACUCGCUAAACGGCGCCCUCAGCACGGCCAGGACGUGGCAGAUACUCCGAGGCCUACUGGACCCCAGCAAGAGCAAGCGAGAGAGCAGCAACUCGAUCCAGAGGCUGAUCCACCUAUUCCAAGGCACCGACGAGCAGCUGCUCGAGGAGGUCCGCAAGAAAUGCUACGGAACGGGAGAGCCGGAGGGAUACCGCGGUGAGUACCGAGGCGAAGACAACCCGGACAUAGACCGACCCAUCUCGAGGGAGGAGGUCGUUGAGGUCAUCAGAUCGGCCACCAAGAACACGGCGGCGGGAGCGGACAGAGUCCGGAACUCCCUCAUACGCAACCUGAGCGACGGAGCGAUAGACCAGCUCGUCAAGUACCUAAACACGCUGUGGCAAGAAGGGAAAGUUCCGGCGGAGUGGAAGCACGCCAUCGUCGUAAUGAUCCCCAAGCCCGGAAAGAAAAUCCAGAUUGAGAACCUGAGGCCCAUCUCGCUGACGUCGUGCCUAGGAAAACUCUACGAGAAAAUCGUCACCAAGCGCAUCCAGCGGCACCUAGAAAACGGAAGAUACUAUCCAAACUCGAUGUUUGGGUUCAGGGCCAACCUGUCGACGCAAGACGUUCUGCUGCAGCUCGAGAAGGAAAGGGCUCCCCUGCUGGCACAUGAACUGCAGCAGAAGGUGCCCGGACUGGCGUAUGCGGACAACAUGGUGCUGCUAGCGGACAAUCCAUGA